UCAGAGCGUUUGGGUCUAGAAUAGGGUAUCAUUUUUCACGAAACUGACCAGUUGGUUGAAGAUUUUAUCUAAACUAAGGAAACUAGGAAUUGCCGCUCAAAAAUGUAAAAAAAUGAAAUCGGCAAGUUUAAAUUUUUGGUAACUCAGCCUCAACAUCGUCGAUAGAUGACCAUCAUAAAGCACUACUGGAUAUUAUUCUUGAACUGGCAAAAAUCGGGAUUCAGACGGAAAUCGGUGGUUUUAAUACUGUUUGCUCCAGUAUAGGGUAGCAAAAUUCAGCUGAACUAGCUCUAGUAUAGGCUAAGGGUUCCAGGGUCCCAGCGGCACAUCCCCACCCAGAAAUUCCUAAAGUACCCUCCCGGGGGUAUCGAGCGCUAUCAAGUACGUGCUGCAAACGUACAGUGACCGCUUUUAUUCAAACUUACAAAACCCAUAAAUAUAGGGUUACAAGGAGUCGUUGCCCAUAGUUUCGUUGCAAAAAGGCCAGAGGCGAGUGACGUUUAAUAUUUUACACUUUUCCUUGUGAUCUGACUUUGGUCGUGGUCCCUUUCUUCAGAUUGGCACGUCAUUCGUUACCUAGUACAGAGAGAACUGGACCCUAGUCCAGUGCCGCAACGCAUGCAACGCCUGUCGAAUUUUGACAGAUUGGAUUAGAAGCGUUGAGAUGGCCGUAAACGUGUAUGGUAAAGUAUGUGCAGUGUUUGGGGGAUCAAGAGGAAUUGGAAGAGCUGUAAGUGAAUUACUCGCCAACCGUGGAGGCAUUGUGGUUGUUUUAUCCAGAGACAAUGAUCGUGCCGCCGAAUGUGUGAACCGUUUGCGAAGAGCUACUUGUUGUGAACAUCACUUGAGUUUGAGCUGUGAUGUGGGUUGUUACACAUCCGUUCAGAAUUCAUUACAGCACAUUCAAAACAAGCUCGGACACGUGAACGUUCUUGUGAACGCUGCUGGUGUAAAUUAUGAUAACUUGCUGUUAAGAACUAAACCUGACGAGAUACAAAGGACGAUAAACACGAAUCUUUUGGGACCAAUGUUCACGUCACAAGUUGCGUUAAAACAUAUGCUGAGAGACAGAAAUGGAGUGGUAAUUAACAUUGGAAGUGUGGUAGGAAUGAAGGGAAAUGUAGGGCAGUGUGUGUAUGCAGCUUCAAAGUCAGGACUUGUAGGUUUCACUAAAUCACUAGCCAAAGAAGUGGCAUCUCGCAAUAUUCGAGUAAACAUGGUUGCACCCGGAUUCAUAGAUACUGACAUGACUUCAAACCUUAGGACAGGGAACUCAGAAAUUGAACAUUUGAUUCCUCUUGGUAGAUAUGGCAAAACACAUGAGGUUGCAGAGGUUGUUUGCUUCUUAGUUGAGACACCAUAUAUUACAGGCCAGGUUGUGCUUGCUGAUGGAGGACUUUCCCUCUCAAUAUGAACUCUCAUUUCUAAAAGUACAACUUGUCUCAGUUUUAAUGCUAGAAGUUCACGCUUUUCUGCUACACUUGCCAUAAAUUACAAUAUUUAGAGACGAAACCAAAUCAGCUUUAGCUGGUUUUCAUGCGGGUCCCCUAUCCUGGUCAAAUUGGAAUUUGGGGAGUUGGUUUUUAUUGAAGGAGGAAAACAGGAAAACCUGGAGAAAAACCCUCGGGGCAAGGCAAGAACCAACAACAAACUCAACCCACUUAUGGCAUGGGGCCGGAAUCAAACCCUGGGUACAUUGGUGGGCGUAGAGUGCUCUAACCACAGUGCCAUCCCUGCUCCCCAUAAAAUAAAAUGCCUGCCAAACUUGAGAAGGUUAUUGCUAAGCAUCCUCAAGGUGUUGCAUUACAAUGACCAUUUAAUGAACAUUUUUUGAACACAACUAACACUGAAUUAUACUAAGAUUGUGAAAACGAUUGUGAAAAUAAUUUUUAUUUUUUUGGUAUUCAAACCCAAUUAUAUUUCAAGCUUGCUAAUCAAUUAGAAAUUCUCAUACCCAGAUGUUUUUUUUUAAUUAAGGGAGCAACCGGUCAAAUAUAUUGGUAGAGUUCUUCAGUUUGAUUGGUUAAUGAACUGCGAUACCAUUUGCACGUGGACGUUGUAACAAUGUCUUGUAGGCGCACACAUUCAAAGAAUUAGAAGUUUGGGGUAAGUGAUGAAGUCAGCGCUCAUUCAUAACAUGAGAAUAGCCCUUAUUUCAUAUGAAAAAAAAAAAAUUCUAAUAUGGCUCCGAGGCUUUCUGUGCAAAACUUAAAAUUUUCUAGUAUUCCAUUGUCUGGUAAUUCCCAGAAGAAACUUGAUACAAAGAAGACCAAAUAUAAGUUUGGCAGAAAGCCCCAGUGCUAUAUUAGAAAUGUGUGCCUUCAGCUAAGUCAAACGCGGACAGGUUGUCCGAUCUCCACUCGUGUUGCCAAGUUGGCAAGUGUCCCCUCUGUUACUAGCAAUUUGAGAGAAGGAUUGCGCUUUUUUCUUUCCUUGUCUUCUUCCCUCAGGGAAGUACACAAGAAGGCUUGCUGUGUUGCUAUCAUUCCGUUUGACAAUAUUGAUGAUACUGGGCCCUGGCGACUCCAAGAAGACUUCAUUUUCUUCCUUAUUCAUUGACACAACUCUUUCCCUUCAGGGUAAGAACCAACUAUUUUCAAAAGUUGCAGCUUUUACCAAAUUUAUGUUAGUGUGGUUGCGUGGUAACUCUGGUCAGACAGCCAGGGAACCUGUCGUAGUCUUUUCGCAGGGAAUUAUUUGGUUAAUAGACAACAAAUUCUUGUCAUAUUUGGUGAAAGAGGUACAGUCGUAUCUGUACGUUUGCCAGACUACAUUUAAUCGUGAAGAGAAGUCCAAGUCUUGCCUAUUUAAAAAAUAAAUUGAAUAUAGGCUAAACUUUCAUCAGUAUUUUCAAACUUCUAAACCCAAAAAUAAGACUUUGCGAGCCAAACAACAUCCGCAUCAAAUGAGAAACUAUCUCUAGACAGCUAUAAGCUUACAAAUAUUACGAUGCUAUCUGAAAUUUUUAAAAGGUAACUCUGAACUCCUUCGGCGGAAUGUUUUUUUUUUUUUUACUUUGGGAAAACGAAAACUGUUCCUGUAAUAGCAUCUGGCAAGAACUCGAAUUAAAAAUUUAACUAUCAAAGAGUCAACAAUCUAAUGAGAAAUCUUUGUCCAAAAUUCGAAGCGCUAAGUUUUGAAGGAAAAUAUUUAUGCAGGGACUGAUGAAAGACAGGACGUAGUAAGGCGGACUGUUAUGCGCAAUCUGGGACUUUCUACGCUUAAUUCACAUGGGUAUAACAUUUACCGCCACGUUCAUCACUGACCUGAUAUAGGAUAUUCGUAUGGACAUGGUUUUCACUAGCGCAUUAGCAUGAGCAAUAAUACGCAGACGCGCCUUUUGUUGGGAACUUGUCCCAACAAGAGAUGCUAACUAUCAACAUCUUAAAGCGUCGGUGGAUGUCAGCUUAAGCAUCUGCUUAUGCGAUAACGAAAACCAGCCUUUUUCACCAGUUUUCCCAAGCCAGGUCUCACCCAGUGUCUUAAUCAUUGUUGUCCCGAAAGCAAUCUCCAGUUUAGCGUCUAUCCGCUUAUUUUACCCAGUAUCGCAAAUGUUAAUAAAAGUCAUUAUACAACUAAAGGGCCUUAAGAAUCACAGGAACUUUUGAAGUGGCGUGAAAUAUCUCGGAUAUUCUUCUUCGUUUCUCUAUGUUUGUUUUACACAAUGCUUGCAAAGCGCGUCGAGAAUUGCUUCUUGUCAAAGUUAUUUCAUAAUAACGGGUCCUUGAAGGCCCAAAUGGCAUGUUCUUCUGUUCACAAGGAGAGCACUAAAUUACAUGCGACUUGCGUAGAAAGGCGAAACCCAUGCUGAAUGCGAGACAACCUCGAAACCAGAGUGUUCGCCUCCCUUGACCAGCGGAGAGUGGUUCCGAUUGGAAGUCCGAAAAUAUCAAACUUCCUGUUGAAUUGCGCAUGCCUAGCUGCCAAACACAUUGCUCUAAUUGGUGUUUUACUUCCGGUCAUGUUUUAAUGUCUUUAAAGCCAAUCAAAAUCGAUGCUGUAACGGAACUUUCCAGUGUCUGGGGAGUAAACCCCAGUUACAAACUCUGUAGUUAUUCCCCGGAGCCUUUUACUGAGGUCUAUUGUGUUAGUCUGAAUUUUAAUAUAUCGAAAUUGGUCUAUUGCGUAGAACCCUGCAGGCGGUAUUAAUCUUAAUACAUAUUCAGUAUUUUCUUAUGGAAUUACUUACUAAGAGGGCAAAAAGUUUGGAACCCUUAACGGCACAUUAUGCUGCGGAACAAAAAUAUUUCUUUUUAAAUGAUACUGGCCACGCAAGCAACACCAGUGUAAGUGAAAUCGAACUCGUGGAAACCACUUAGCGACCAUUCACGAGCCAGAAAUCUGUACGCCUCGGCCGAUUUAAUUUUGCUCCCGAAUAAAACAACUUUAGGAAAAACUGCGUCAGGUCUCAAAUAAAUGUCGCCUCGGGCUCCUGGCAGUCGGUAUGUGUUCUCUUUAUGUUUAGAGCUGUUAAACGCUUUAGUAGGCUGGUUUUUCUACUCUCCUAUGUAAAAGAACUUAAGAGGAACGUCUUGACGUGGAAAAAUAUUGACCCCUGUGCUCUGCUGAUAAAAUAAGAGACGUCGUUUAAAUUUUGAUCUCCUUGUGUCAGUUUUAUAAGUCAGUACGUGAGUACGUCAUUAAAAGUCAGUAUGGAAGUAAGGCAGUAGGUCGAUUUUUUAAGU